CGAACCGCUGAUAUCUGGGGCUUACAAAAUCAACCUCGUGACGACGAAGAGAGACAGCUUUGGGUCCAAAGACUGCUAGAUGAAUUCCUUUUUCAACACUUCCAGGCGUUGGUUGAUCAACCAGACCUCCUUGACAGAGUCUAUUCACGUCGCCUCACCGGGAUCACCCUGAGGUAUCCAGCAGUCCCCCGAUUGGCAACGAAGUAGGUCGCACCAGAAUCUACGUACAUCAGUUCCAUAUCCCAGAAAUCGAACAAUGGAAGCAAUGGGAGAAGGCAAUCGUCACCACCAAGUGGUAUCAUGGAGGUCUUUUGGCCCUGGAUCGCAGACGUUUUAUCAGCCUAUGACACGGUCAUUCAGAAAAUUCCAAUUGGAUAUUUCAACUCGCCCACUGCGAACCUGGCAAUCGCCGGAUUGCAAACAGCAAGCGCGGCGGUCCCCAGACUAACGGCAAAUAGUCCUCUCCCAAAGGAUCUAGACCGCAGCUCGGUGAAGGAGUUUAUUCACGAGUCUUACAGACCAGUCCUACGAUGCCUGGAAGAUGUCUUGGAAGUUUUGGAAGAUUUGGCUAUGGAUACCAGAUCGAACGAGCCGUCUCCUCGUAAAUCGUGCAACGCCCUUCACAAGAUCUACCAACUGAAGCGGGCGACUCCAAGACUCACGGCUAUUUUGGCUUACUUGACUGACAAGAAGAAACAAGACGCCAUUAUAUGGGGUGCUUUUGCUGUGAGCGGUGUCGUUCUCGUUGGAGGAGCGGUUGCUGCGGUAUGUCUCUUGCCUGUUGCGGCACCAGUAGCAGGUGCUGGUGCCCUUGCUAGUACAUCUGCUGCUACUGGGGCUGCAGGAGCUACUGGAGCCGCGGCAGCUACUGGAACCGUGGCUGUUACUAGAGCCGUGGCUGCUAGUGGAGCUGUCAUAAUCGCCGCCGAAGCAGGAGGUGCAGCCGCAGCCGUGACAACAACAUCAGCUGUGGCUGCAUCAUCAGGAACUAUCAGUGCAUCGGCAAUGGCAGCCUCAGCAGUCGGUGGAGCAACAUUUGGGCACUCGGGUGUCAUGACGAUCUUUGCACUCCUCGAGCUCGCAGACUCAAGAAAUAUUCAAUUUAUCAAUACGGGUAUCAACAGGAUCCUCGAAGAGACGCUCUACUACGUCGCCUUAUGUUUCAUGAGGUCCAACGGCAUUGCUAACCCAUGCGAUGCAGACGAUCUCGAAGGUACGUUGAAGAAGUUGUAUGGACGCCGGCCGAAGAAUUCGCAGCAAGUAUAUCGAGCCGUCGUUUUUGCAUAAACUCGUAAGCGAGAUGGCACGUGAAUUCAAGGAAGUCACGGAGGGUCUACAGAAAUUUGGAUUUCGUUUGGAACGCUUGGAAUGGGAGCCGCAGGUACUGAUUACGGAGGCCAAGAGUGUCACGGUGUUUUGAUGACUGUUUAUAUGAAAGACACGACCUUGAUACUCUAGACUUGGGAAUAUUUAGGAUGCAUUUUGUACAAAAUAUAAAGGGA